ACGGUGCGAUCAAAGUGUGCCAGAUAACGGUCGGUAUCCGCCGAGAAAUAAUAUCACACGAAUUUUUUUUUUCGGACCGUCCGUUUUUCGGCAUGUUAGUUGACUCGAUUUUCACGCUUUCCACGCGAAGAUAUGGAAAAUCAUGACGUGGACUAUCUGUUUAUAGAGUCGGAGAGGGAGAACGGUUCGGCGGAUUGCUCGAGGAGGCCGAGCGAGGAGAGCACAGCCAGCCUGAACAUCCCGCAGGAGAGGCAAGACACCCCCCACAUCACCACCAUCGAAAACGCCCCCAUUCCAAGGACCAAGUCGAAUUCCCUCGCCAACAUUAAAUUCUCCAGGGUGGAGCACGACCGCUACCUCAAUGGCAUCGAGGAGAGCCCCAGGGAGACCAACAAUCACUCCGUCAACUUCCGGAGGUCCUCUUCCCAACCAGAUCAGCAGAAACCGACCAAUUUCCCGACGGCCAAAGACGCCUUCGGGCCCCAACUUAACGCCGAGUCCUACUCCACCAUCCCGGGCACGCCGCUGCCCUCGCUGGUCCAGGAGCCCGAUUUCCCGACCGAGGAAGUGUCCCAGACGCCCGUCAAGACCCUUCCGGAAAAAGAGGAGGAUCUGGACCCGGAGAGUCUGUUCUUCAGGGACGGCAAGAGGAAGAUCGACAUGAUCCUGGUGUACGAAGAAGAGGAACUGGGCGUCAUGACCGAGGCGGAAGCCAGACGGAGGGAUUACAGGAGGGUUUUCCAGGAGAACCUCGUCAGGGAAGGUCUGGAACUGGAGCUCGAGCACAAGGACAGCUCCUUCGACGGCAAGACGUGGUUCCUGAAGAUCCACCUGCCGUGGAAGACCAAGACGCGCUACGCCGAGGUCAUGGGGCUGAAGCUGCCCAUCAAGAGGUUCAUCACCAUAUCAGUGAAGGCUUGGGACGACGAGAAGAAGGAGAAGGAAAAGUCGACCUUUUGGACCAGGCUGCAGAGGUCGUGGGAGGAUUUCUUCCGGUACGACACGGAUCUGAUCGAGGAGGAUCCGUCGUUUCACGCUGCAACUCAGGGGGCUGACAGGGAAGAGCAGUUCAUCGUUAAGGAUAGGGUGACAGAAUUCGCCAGUUCCCAGAGGAGCAUGAUAGUGAUGCAGAUAUUGCUGAGGGUUAGGUACGACGACGCUGCCGAUAAGGUAGGAAUCAGGAGGCUGCUGAACGACAACACGUACCUGGCCUGUUUCCCCUUGCACGAAGGUAAAUUCGACAGGGAAGACAGCAACGGGAGGCUUCUGGAUCGAAGGUUGCUGUACCUGGAAUGGGCGCGUCCGGCCAAAUGGAUGAAGAAGCAGCCGUUGGGACUGAUCAGGAAGUACUUCGGCGACAAGAUCGGGCUGUACUUCUGCUGGCUGGGUUUCUACACCAAGAUGCUGUACGCCCCAGCCAUCGUGGGCUUCAUCUGUUUCAUGUACGGCCUGCUGACCAUCGACAGCCCGGACAACAUACCCACGAAGGAGAUCUGCGACAGGAAUGGCCCCGGGAACAUCACCCUCUGUCCCUUGUGCGACAGGGCCUGCAAGUACCAGAAGCUGUUGGACAGCUGCAAGUUCGCCAGGUUGACUUAUCUGUUCGAUAAUCCCGCCACAGUGUUCUUCGCAAUUUUCAUGAGUUUGUGGGCCACGGUUUUCCUGGAGAUGUGGAGGAGGAAACAGAAGAUGAUACAGUGGGAGUGGGACCUGCAGGGCAACGACCUGGACGAGGAGCCGAGGCCGGAGUUCGAGACCAGCGUCAAGACCUUCCGUACCAAUCCCGUGACCAGGGAGAAAGAGCCUUACCUAUCGGCGAAAUCCAAGUCUUUGAGGUACUUCAUAACCGGAUCCGCCAUAGCUUUGAUGUUGAUGGUGGUGCUUUGCGCGGUCCUGGGCACCAUAAUCUACAGGUUAUCCAUCGUAUCCGUGAUCUACGGCGGCGGAGGAUACUUCUUCAAGAAGCACGCCAAAAUAGUGACGUCCGUCUCGGCCGCCAUCAUCAAUCUCAUAAUCAUCAUGUGUCUGACCAAGUUCUACCACAGGCUCGCCAUCUACCUGACCAACCUGGAGAACCCGAGGACGCACACCGAAUACGAGGACUCGUACACCUUCAAGAUAUUCAUGUUCGAGUUCCUCAACUUUUACUCCUCGCUCAUCUACAUAGCUUUUUUCAAGGGUAGGUUCUUCGACUACCCGGGCGACAUCGUGGUGCGGAAAUCCGAGUUCCUGAGGGUCAAGGGGGACGUGUGCGACCCGGCCGGCUGCCUGAGCGAGCUCUGCAUCCAGCUGGCGAUCAUCAUGAUCGGCAAGCAGAUCUUCAACAAUUUCGUGGAGCUUUUCAAUCCGUUCAUGAACAACUGGUGGAGGGGCAGGAGUCACCGGUCGGCCACCAAGGAUCUCACCAGGAAGCACACCAGGUGGGAGGAGGAUUACCACCUGCAGGAUCCGGGGAGGUUGGCCCUAUUCGACGAGUAUCUGGAGAUGAUCCUUCAGUACGGAUUCGUGACGUUGUUCGUGGCGGCGUUUCCCCUGGCGCCGCUCUGCGCCCUCUUGAACAACAUAGCGGAGAUACGUCUGGACGCCUACAAGAUGGUGACGCAGGCCAGGCGGCCUCUGGCGGAAAGGGCGGAAGACAUAGGCGCCUGGGAGGGUAUACUCAGGGCCAUAACGUACGCCGCCGUCGUCUCCAACGCGUUCGUGAUAGCCUACACGAGCGACUUCAUCCCCCGGAUGGUGUACAAGUACAAGUAUUCCAAAUCGUUCGAUCUCAACGGGUACAUCGACGCCUCCCUUUCAGAAUUCAACACGUCCGAUUAUACCGAGGGUAUGGGUGGGGACAACGAGGGUAAACCGCCACCGGAGAAGUGUCAGUAUAGGGGAUACAGGAACGGACCGGAGGAACCCAACCCUUACGAUUUGAGCCCUCAGUAUUGGCACGUCUUCGCCGCUAGGUUAGCCUUCGUGGUCAUCUUCGAGCACAUCGUCUUCGCGCUGGUGGGCGUCAUGCAAUACGUCAUCCCCGACGUACCGUCGGAGCUGAGGACGCAGAUACAGCGCGAGGCCCUCCUGGCCAAAGAGGCCAAAUACGAGCACGGUCUAAAGAGGCAGGAGACGGAGUACGACGAGAUCCUGCACACCAUCAGGGAGAACAACAAUUCGUCGAGGAACGGCGCGAAGGAGACCAGGGUGUCGGGCUUGAGGGGCUCCUGGGCCAGGAGGCUUAGCAGGAUAUCAGACGGCUUGGACGCCCACGUCGAGGUGACCAGCAGGACCAAGAAGAGCUCCGUGUCUUCGACCGUCUGGGAGGUUACCUGAACUACCCGCGUGUUCCCGAAUUUUUAUAUCUUUCUGUACAUAUCGUCGUGUCGUCUAACCUCUCAAGAACCAAAACAUUGAAAUGUCGUUUGUAUUGAUCGUCGUUUAAUAAAACUUGGGUUGUCCGUUUUA